ACGUCACCAAGGUUAAAGCGUGACGUGCUACGUGUUAUCAGGGUUACAAAGUGUGAUGCUAGUGAUUUGCUGUUAGCCUCCUUGUUCUAUAUGUCAUACCUGGACUUUACACAUCACCCAGUGCGUGGCCAUGUCGCGGAACACCGCAGACAACAGAAAGUUGGAGAGGCUGACGGUGUCAUGGAGCACAUGUCGUCUCCCGUCAGGUUCCGCAGCAGUAAGAGAGGGACAGUUGCAGUUUUCCAGUCUGUCCAUUGAAGACCAGGAGGACACUCAGUUUCCUUUUGCCAUGAGGGAUUUGCCUCCUGUCUCUCAGCCUGGUGAACAGCGUCAGAUGCCAGGCCACCAGGCACAAGUCAGCCGUGAGGCAGAAGGAACAGCACCCAACGGGAGACUCCCGAGCCUUCCCGGGACUCCCACCCUGCCCCGUCCCGUCCCCUGCCACCAUGCAGACUCUCCGACAGUCCCUCCAAGAGCACAUCGCGUUAGACCAGAUGCAGAGUUUUCGCCCAUGCCACUGAGGAGACAGCUCGCCUCUCAAGUGUCUGUGGACUGUCCACCCAGCCCGUCCUCACGUCCACACAGCCCCUGGGGACGCUCUGACCCCUAUGACUCUCCAGAGGAUCAGGACAAGGAGUAUGUGGGUUUUGCCACUUUGCCCAACCAGGUUCACAGAAAGACAGUGAAGAAAGGUUUCACAUUCACACUCAUGGUGGCAGGGGAGUCUGGCCUCGGUAAAUCAACGCUAGUCAACAGCUUGUUCCUCACUGACAUCUACAAAGACAGGAAGGUUCCUAAUGCACAAGAACGGAUCGAUCAGACGGUGGACAUCGUCAAACACACAGUUGGCAUUGAGGAGAAAGGAAUCAAGUUAAGACUCACCAUCAUAGACACACCAGGGUUCGGAGACGCCGUCGACAACACAGAAUGCUGGAAGGAAAUAGAAGACUACAUCGACCAGCAGUUUGAGCAGUACUUCAGAGAUGAGAGCGGGUUGAACAGGAGGAACAUCCAGGACAACAGAGUCCACUGCUGCCUCUACUUCAUCUCUCCGUUUGGCCACGGUCUUCGACCUCUGGAUGUGGAGUUUAUGAAGGCCCUGCAUGAAAAAGUCAACAUAGUUCCAGUGUUGGCCAAAGCUGACAGCCUGACACAUUCUGAGAUCUGCAGAAAGAAAAAAAAGAUCAGAGAGCAGAUCAAGCAGUUUGGGAUUAACAUCUACCAGUUUCCUGAGUGUGAUUCAGACGAGGAGGAGGAAUUUAAAAAUCAGGACCAGAUACUCAAGGACAGCAUCCCGUUUGCAGUAAUUGGGAGUAAUGUUCAGGUGGAGAGUAAAGGGCGCAGGUGCAGGGGUCGCACCUAUCCCUGGGGUGUGGUGGAAGUGGAGGACCCGGCUCACUCUGACUUCCUGCUGCUGAGGAACAUGCUGGUGAGGACGCACAUGCAGGACCUGAAGGACGUGACCCAGGAGACGCACUAUGAAAACUACAGGGCCGAGUGCAUCCAGAACAUGAGGCGCAUGCAUUUGAGGAAACGCAGUUUGCUUGAGAAGCAUCAAGAUGUGAACGAAGCAGAUUUUCCUCUGCCGCUGGCCGCCGUUGACACAGAGACAGAAAUACUCAUCAUUCAGAAAGACAAAGAGCUGAGGAGGAUGCAGGAGGUGCUGGAGAGGGUUCAGGGGCAGAUGCAGCAGAGCCAGAAAGCUGCUGCCGAAUGUCCCGUAAUCCCUCCAAGACAGGAGGUCAACAAGGAGCGGCCAGGACCACAAAGGAGGCCCUGUUUAUGAAGCCUUGAAUAAAAAGGAAAUCAGCCAUA